GAGGCACGGUUGUUUCGCCGGUGGUCGUUCGCGCGAAAACCGUUAUUGUGCGGCAUCGUCGACGCAUCAAGUCCGUGCGUGCCGUUCGGGCGACGAAGAAAGAAGAAGGAGACGAGCGGUCGAGGACGAUGGCGGACGAAGAGGAGGCCGAGUGUCCGAACAACGCGCAGCUGUUCCGGAUGGCGAUCUCCCACACUUUCAAGAACAUCGCCGAGUCCGUGAGCGAGGACGAGUUUGUCGAGACACUUACGAUCCUCAAGUCCAAUCCCCAUACCGCCAAGAAACUACACAAAGCCAUGGUGGAGGAGCUGUACAAAAGCAUGAACGCCGACCUGGAAGCCAUGCUGGAGGAGGACACUCUGCAGGAGGCUCUGGCCAAGGUCGCUAGAUUGUCGGAAGACAGCACGGUGUCAGCCGACAAGGAAGCUUGGCGCCCACCGGGAGACGUGGCUUUGCAUUUGAGAUCGUUGGACGCGUACACGAUCAGGCAGGCGACCGAGGAGCUGGAGAAGCGGGUGAACGAGAUGGAAAGGGAAAAUGAAACCUUGAUGAAAAGUAUCGCAGAAAGCAGAUCGAGGAUAUGCGCUACGGACGACAGUGUGAGGAAAAUCCUGGAUCAUGCGCCCGUCGUGUUGCAACGGUUGGAAAAUACUUACCAGCAGUUGACAACUUGCAUCAGAGCGAUCGAUAGCGAAUGACUUGUAUAUAAAAUGUGUAUUUCUUAUGAACGUUGAAGAUUUUGUCGAGAGUAGACGUCUACUUAUUUAUACGGCUACGUAGGAUUAAGAAUGAAAUUAUAUUUAUAUAUAUAUAACUGCAUAAAGCCAUGGUGGAGGAGCUGUACAAAAGCACGAACGCCGUCUAGAAACCAUGCUGGAGGAGGGCAUAUAUAUGUGUGUGUGUA